UGCAUGCGCUUCGCGUCGGAUGAGACACAUUGUAAAAAAUAAUAAAAAAAUUUGGCCAUUUAUAGCUAUAUCAUUUUUUAGGCCAAGAUAUGCUUUACUUGAUGAAUGCACGAGCGCUGUUUCUAUUGAUGUAGAAAGUUCAAUAUAUGAAAUCGCAAAGAGUAUGGAUAUAACAUUAUUAACAAUAACGCAUCGACCAACAUUAUGGAAGUUCCAUACGCACAUUCUGGAGUUCGAUGGUCAAGGUGGUUGGAGUUUUCGACAAAUGGAAUCAAAUGAGCAACAAAAAUCUUAGUUCCUUGAAUUUUAAAAACAUUUUUGUGAAUAUUACGUAGUACUUUUGGCUUAAAACAAGCAUUUUAAUUGUAGCUACCUUAUCUGUUUCCUUAAUAAAUCUUUUUUAAAUUUUUUCUUUCAA